AUGCCAGGAGCAGACAGGCUAGGAUCAGUGGAGAUGAAAGCGAACAAAGUGACGCCAUCAUCAAACAGAGAAGUUGAUGUCUCAAAGAGAACAGGAGUCGAUGGCACAGGAAGCACAAGAGUGGGGGCGAUGGAUGAGAGUGUUUUGUGGGCCAGCAGCAUGCAGUCAGACAGAGUGCAGGGUGGGGGAGUGCGGGCCAGUGGCAUGUGGGCUGUCAGCAGGGAGGUUGCAGUUGGUGCUGGAACCAGAAAAGGAGCUGAAGUCAGUAUUGAGGGAUCCAGAGGCUUUGGUGUGGGAGGCGCAACGUAUGAAGGCGCCGGAGCAGCAGGUUCUGGAGUAGAUAGCUCCAGAGCGGGUGGUUCUGGAGCCGGUGGCUCUGAAAACGGCGGUACUGGCCCUGGCAAUGCUGGAGCCAGUGUGGCGCGUGGCACAGGAGCCGUGACGCUAGAGUGGAGCAGGAGGAAGUGGCACAGCAUGAGGCGGCAGUACUGCUGUUGA